UAUACGCUAUUCUGAGAAACUUUAGUCUCAGUUCAGUUCAACUUUCAACAACAUGAAAAUAAUAUUGGCCUUUUGUUUGUUCACAGCUGUAGCUGCAUUAGAGCUUUCUCCAGAGGAAAAGGAGUGCCAAAAGCAGGUGGAUGCCUCCGAGGAGGAUGUCGAAAUGUUCAGGUCACUGCAACAGCCAGAGGAGCACACCACCAAGUGUUACUACGACUGCAUGUUGCAAAGGAUUAACUAUUCCGACGGAAAGCGGUUCAACCGGGAGGGAUUCGUGCACACGAUGACGCAGGUGGCCAAAAACGAGCAGCAACGCAAGGCCAUACAGCACUUGGCGGAGCAGUGCGACGGAACGGAGAACGACGACCCGUGCGAGCUGGCGGCCGACAUUGUGGCGUGCCUUUUUCGGUGAAUUUGUAUGGAACUAAAAUUUUGUUUUUAAAAUCACUGAAAAUUAAUACAAUUACAUAAUGAUUUGUCUUAUCCUUAUUUUCAUAGCUGACGUUUCAGACAACAGCAAAUUUAAACGUUUUAAUUAAAUUGAUGAACAUUUUUAACUCCUGAAAAUCCACAAAUUCAAAACACUUUUUUUCUUAUUGAUAUAGACAUAUAAAGUCCAAAGUAAGUACGAUAUUUUUCAAAGUUGAAUGUUUUUUUUGUUUUUUUUUCUUUUUUACACAAAUCAAAAUCAAAUUAUUCGCUCUACAGCAUUGCCUUGGCGUUCUCGAUUGAGAGAUUUCUACUCGAAACUAGGUGUUCGAAAGCUUGAUUGUUGAGGCAAUUGCAAACCUCUUUUUACACCUUAGCUUCUAUCCAGCACGGGAUUCGAACUGACGACCUUUUUCGUCCCGAAAAAUACCACCUGGGAUACCUUCUGGGAUCAAACCCAAGCCGACUGGGUGAGAGGCAACCACGCGACACCACGGGUCCUGGCUGUUAGUUUUUCUAUGUUUCUUUAAACAAUUUGAAAAUCAAAAAAAAAAUUGACCGAUUGAUUAUUGAUAAUUGAUUCUGCAAAAAAAGUAAAAUUAUUA